AUGAGAGGCGCUCGCGGCGCCUGGGAUUUCCUCUUCGUCCUGGUGCUCCUGCUCCGCGUCCAGACAGGCUCUUCUCAACCAUCUGUGAGUCCAGGGGAACUGUCUCCACCAUCCAUCCAUCCGGCAAAAUCAGAGUUAAUUGUCAGUGUCGGCGAUGAGAUUAGGCUGUUAUGCACCGACCCAGGAUUUGUCAAGUGGACUUUUGAGACUCUGGGUCAAUUGAGAGAGAAAACACACCCAGAAUGGAUCACCAAGAAAGCAGAGGCCACAAAUACAGGCAAUUACACGUGCACCAAUGAAGGCGGCUUGAGCGGUUCCAUUUAUGUGUUUGUUAGAGAUCCUGAGAAGCUUUUCCUGGUUGAGCUUCCCUUGUACGGGAAGGAAGGCAACGACACGCUGGUCCGCUGUCCUCUGACAGACCCAGAGGUGACCAAUUACUCCCUCACGGGGUGCGAGGGGAAACCUCUUCCCAAGGACUUGACGUUUGUCGCUGACCCCAAGGCCGGCAUCACGAUCAGAAACGUGAAGCGCGAGUAUCAUCGGCUCUGUCUACACUGCUCGGCGAACCAGAAGGGCAAGUCCGUGCUGUCGAAGAAAUUCACCCUGAAAGUGAGGGCAGCCAUCAGAGCUGUGCCUGUUGUGUCUGUGUCCAAAGCCAGCUAUCUUCUCAGGGAAGGGGAAGAAUUUGCAGUGAUGUGCUUGAUAAAAGACGUGUCUAGCUCUGUGGAAUCAAUGUGGAUAAGGGAAAACAGCCAGACUAAAGAGCAGGUGAAGAGGAAUAGCUGGCAUCAGGGUGACUUCAGUUUUCUUCGUCAGGAGAGAUUGACUAUCAGCUCAGCAAGAGUUAAUGAUUCUGGCGUGUUCAUGUGUUAUGCCAAUAAUACUUUUGGAUCAGCAAAUGUCACAACAACCUUAGAAGUAGUAGAUAAAGGAUUCAUUAAUAUCUUCCCUAUGAUGAAUACAACAGUAUUUGUAAACGAUGGCGAGAAUGCGGAUCUGGUUGUUGAGUAUGAGGCAUAUCCCAAACCUGAACACCGACAGUGGAUAUAUAUGAACAGAACUUCCACUGACAAGUGGGAAGAUUACCCCAAGUCUGACAAUGAAAGUAACAUCAGAUAUGUAAGUGAACUUCAUCUAACCAGAUUAAAAGGGACCGAAGGAGGCACUUACACGUUUCUCGUGUCCAAUUCUGAUGCGAAUUCUUCCGUGACAUUUAAUGUUUACGUGAACACAAAGCCAGAAAUCCUGACUCGUGACAGGCUCAUGAAUGGCAUGCUGCAGUGUGUAGCAGCAGGAUUCCCAGAGCCCACCAUUGAUUGGUAUUUUUGUCCAGGAACCGAGCAGAGAUGUUCUGUCCCUGUUGGGCCAGUGGAUGUGCAGAUCCAAAACUCAUCUGUGUCACCGUUUGGAAAACUAGUGGUUUACAGCUCCAUUGAUGACAGCGCCUUUAAGCACAAUGGCACUGUGGAGUGCAGGGCUUACAACGAUGUGGGCAAGAGUUCUGCCUAUUUUAACUUUGCAUUUAAAGAACAAAUCCAUGCCCAUACCCUGUUCACGCCUUUGCUGAUUGGUUUUGUGAUCGCAGCUGGUAUGAUGUGUAUCAUCGUGAUGAUUCUUACAUACAAAUAUUUGCAGAAACCCAUGUAUGAAGUACAGUGGAAGGUUGUUGAGGAGAUAAAUGGAAACAAUUAUGUUUACAUAGACCCAACGCAACUUCCUUAUGAUCACAAAUGGGAGUUUCCCAGAAACAGGCUGAGUUUUGGGAAAACCUUGGGUGCCGGCGCCUUCGGGAAAGUUGUUGAGGCCACUGCAUACGGCCUAAUUAAGUCAGAUGCGGCCAUGACUGUUGCUGUGAAGAUGCUCAAACCAAGUGCCCAUUUAACGGAACGCGAAGCCCUAAUGUCUGAACUCAAAGUCUUAAGCUACCUCGGUAAUCAUGUGAAUAUUGUGAAUCUUCUUGGAGCAUGCACCAUUGGAGGGCCUACCCUGGUCAUUACAGAAUAUUGUUGCUACGGUGAUCUUCUGAAUUUUUUGAGAAGAAAGCGUGAUUCAUUUAUUUGCUCAAAGCAGGAAGAUCACGCAGAAGCGGCGCUUUAUAAAAACCUUCUCCAUUCAAAGGAGUCUUCCUGUGGUGAUAGUACUAAUGAGUACAUGGACAUGAAACCCGGAGUUUCUUAUGUUGUACCAACCAAGGCAGACAAAAGGAGAUCUUCGAGAAUAGGUUCAUACAUAGAAAGAGACGUGACUCCUGCCAUCAUGGAAGAUGAUGAGUUGGCCCUAGACCUGGAGGACUUGCUGAGCUUUUCUUACCAGGUGGCAAAGGGCAUGGCAUUCCUCGCCUCGAAGAAUUGUAUUCAUAGAGACCUGGCAGCCAGAAAUAUCCUCCUUACUCAUGGUCGAAUCACAAAGAUUUGUGAUUUUGGUCUAGCCAGAGACAUCAAGAAUGAUUCUAAUUAUGUGGUCAAAGGAAAUGCUCGGCUACCUGUGAAGUGGAUGGCACCAGAGAGCAUUUUCAACUGUGUGUACACGUUUGAAAGUGAUGUCUGGUCCUAUGGGAUUUUUCUGUGGGAGCUGUUCUCUUUAGGAAGCAGCCCCUACCCUGGAAUGCCAGUCGAUUCUAAAUUCUACAAGAUGAUCAAGGAAGGUUUCCGAAUGCUCAGCCCUGAGCACGCACCUGCGGAAAUGUAUGACAUCAUGAAGACUUGCUGGGAUGCUGAUCCCCUGAAAAGGCCGACAUUUAAGCAGAUUGUGCAGCUGAUUGAGAAGCAGAUUUCAGAGAGCACCAAUCACAUUUAUUCCAACUUAGCGAACUGCAGCCCCCAUCGGGAGACCCCCUCGGUGGACCGUUCCGUGCGGAUCAACUCGGUGGGCAGCAGCACAUCCUCCACGCAGCCUCUGCUUGUCCACGAAGACGUCUGAAACAGAAUGCACAUCUGGGGGUCGGUGUUGGGGGGUUCCCCGACAAGAACGGCCCCCAUUCUUUUGGUUUUCAUAAUGGUUAUUUUGUUUUCCUUCGACUCGAAUCCUCCUCCAGGGUAAUGGACACCCCACUGUACUCCUGUCUUUAUGAGCAUACUUUAGUGGCCGAUGAUUUCUGUCAUCCGCUACCAUUGAGCUGCAUAUGUUCCCAAUAGCAAGCUAGCCCCCGUUAACGGAAUAA